UCUUGGCUCCGGCGGGAGUGUUUCGAAGCUUUGGUCUUGGGCGAAAGCAUGUCUCAGGAACGCGCUGUCCCGGCGAGCGCGGUUCCCCUGGAAGAAUUAAGUAGCUGGCCGGAGGAGCUAUGCCGCCGGGAACUGCCAUCUGUCCUGCCUCGGCUCCUUUCUAUGUAUCAGCAUUCUGACAGUUGGCUUGAGCAUAUUCAAAUUCUGAAAAUUAUUGUAGAAAUGUUUUUACCUCAUAUGAACCACCUGACAUUGGAACAGACUUUCUUUUCACAAGUGCUUCCAAAGACUGUGAGAUUAUAUGAUGACAUGAUGUAUGAGUUAACCAGUCAAGCCAGAGGACUAUCAAGCCAAAAUUUAGAAAUCCAGACCACUAUAAGAAAUAUUUUACAGACAAUGGUACAGCUAUUAGGAGCUCUUACAGGAUGUGUUCAGCAUGUCUGUGCCACUCAGGAAUCCAUCAUUCUAGAAAAUAUUCACAGUCUUCCCUCCUCAGUCCUACAUGUAAUCAAAAGUACAUUUGUACAUUGUAAGAAUAGCGAAUCUGUUUAUUCUGGGCGUUUACACCUAGUCUCAGACCUUCUGCAGGCUCUUUUCAAGGAGGCCUAUUCUCUUCAAAAGCAGCUAAUGGAACUGCUGGAUAUGGUUUGCAUUGACCCUUUAAUAGAUGAGAAUGAUGACAUUUUGAAUAUGGUAGUAGUUAUUCAUUCAUUGCUGGAUAUCUGCUCUGUUAUUUCCAGUAUGGACCAUGCAUUUCAUGCCAAUACUUGGAAAUUUAUAAUUAAGCAGAGCCUUAAGCACCAGUCGGUUAUAAAGAGUCAGCUGAAACACAAAGAUAUAAUUACUAGCUUGUGCGAAGACAUUCUUUUCUCCUUCCGUUCUUGUUUACAGUUAGCUGAGCAGAUGACACAAUCAGAUGCCCAGGAUAAUACUGACUGCAAAUUAUUUCAGAAAACACUCAAAUUGUGUCGUUUCUUUGCCAACUCCCUUUUGCACUAUACUAAGGAAUUUCUUCCUUUCCUGUCUGAUUCUUGCUGUACAUUGCACCAGCUUUAUCUUCAGGUACACAGUAAGUUUCCUCCAAGCCUGUAUGCUGCUGGGAUUUCUAAAGCACAACAGGAGGAAAUAGCAGGUGCUUUCCUGGUCACACUGGAUCCACUUGUCAGUCAGCUUCUCAAAUUCCAACCUUUCGUGGAAGUGGUUUUGGACAGUGAAUUGGAGCUGCCAUGUGAACUACAGUUUCCACAGUGUCUACUGCUGGUUGUCAUCAUGGAUGAGCUGCCCUCUCAGCCUGAGGACGUGCAGACCCUGUGGUGCACAGAGACCCAGGUCUCAGAAGCUACAACCAGGGUGUCUCUACUCAAAGCCAUUUUCUCCAGUUUUGAGCAGUGUUCUGGUGAACUGUCUCUACCUGUUCAUUUACAGGAAGUAAAGAGUAAAGGGCAAACUGAGGUUGCUGUCACCUUAUAUCAGCAUGUUUGUGUUCAUCUGUGUACAUUUAUUGCUUCCCUUCAUCCCUCACUGUUCCCUGAACUGGACACUGCUCUGUUGAAUGCUGUGCUUAGUGCUAAUAUGAUCACCUCUUUGCUAGCCAUGGACGCAUGGUGCUUCCUUGCUCGAUAUGGGACUGCUGAACUCUGUGCCCACCAUGUCGCCAUAGUGGCUCAUCUGAUAAAAUCUUGCCCUGGAGAAUGUCAUCAGCUCACCAGCCUAUCAGUACUAUUGAGGCGCCUCUUCUUCUUCAUGACCCCACCCCAGCAGGUGGAGUUUAUCCAGAAAUUUUCCCCAAAAGAAGCAGAAAAUCUGCUUCUGUGGCAAUAUAUUUCCUUUCAGGCAUUACCUGCUGAGCUUAGGAAACAAACUGCACUUGAGGUCAGCAGAUCAGGCACUGCACAGUGCAGGAAGUGGCUAAGCAGCAGUCGAACGUUGGGAGAACUUGAGUCUCUGAACACAGUGCUCUCUGCUUUGCUUGCUGUAUGUAAUUCUGCUAGUGAAGCUCUGGAUAUGGGACAGCAAACUGCAGUUAAGGAAGUUGGGAGUCAGCUUUGGGCUCUUUUAAACAUUAAACUGGUAACAGGUCAACCUUAUGUUCAACAGACACUCUGCCUUUUACUUCCACUGCUGGGAUUUUUCAUUCAAACUCUAGAUCCUCAGCUGAUAAGUCAGGUAGUAACUUUGCAGACCUCACUACUCAAAUCAGAGCCUCCUGACCAUGUUCGUUUGGCAGUUCUUGAUUUUCUGUCUUCCCUGGGAAAACUUUUUAUACCUCAAGCCAUCCAGGACAAAAUUCUGCCCCACCUAUCUUCUGUUUUUGCCGUACUGCUAGCUGACAGGAAUUGGCUACUAGAACAACAUUCCUUGGAGGCGUUUACUCAGUUUGCUGAGGGAACAAAUCAUGAAGAGAUAGUUCCACAGUGUCUCAGUUCUGAAGAAACAAAGAAGAAAGUUGUAUCUUUUCUGGAGAAGACGGGGUUUGUAGAGGAAACUGCAGCUGCCAGAGUGGAACGUGUCAAACAGGAAAAAGGUACCUUCUGGGAGCCCUUUGCUAAAGUUACUGUAGAAGAAGCAAAGAAGUCAGCUUUACAGCCUUCUGCGAAAAGAGCCCGUCACGAGCUCCCCUUGGAAGAAGAGUACAGGUCAGCACUGCAAGCAGCAACAGCGGCCUUGGAGGCAAUCGAGUUAUUACUCCAAAAGUCUCCUCCUCCAGACUGGCUUCUGACAAAAAUGGAGACACUCCAAGAAAGGAUUGAUAAGCUAAAACAUCAUGUAUUCUAGGGUGAGAACUGAAUGGACUGGACCAUAUUAAUUAUCGCUAGCACGCCUAUUAACAUCUUCCAGAACUAUCAUUCUUUGAUGAUACAAUUUGGAAGAAGUCCCAAAGUAAAGUAUCUGGUGCAAAAAAGAAUUCAAGCAACGUCUUCACCAGUUAUGAAGAAAAGACAGGUAUAUACCCUAUAGUCCAGGGAAAAAAGACAGACCCAAGCUGACUACAUAAUUACAAAUAAUAAGAAAAAUCAGUCUCAAUAUUCCCAAAGUGCCCUUAAGGUUCAGAAUUUAAACUUAUUACUCAGGAAAACAUUCACCCAAGCAGUGGAACAGCUAUAUAAGUUUAAUGAAUCUACCUGUCUGUAAAAGAGUACUGUAGUAAUCUCGCUGUAUGUGCUUCUUGCUGGUGAUGGGCACGUUGCCAGAAAAACAUUUAGGGAAUAUGCUAGAGGAGGGGUUCUUCAAGACAGGUGAGAUCUGACUGCGCUGGCUGCAGACGACGUGCGUGGGAGAAUCUGAAGAUAAAUAAAAAAACCCCAAAAAUGAAAGGGGUAGUAAAUUGCUUCUUUUCCUAUCACAUGUUAGGUGAGCAAUGGUUAAGGGAAAAGGGUAUAUUUAACACAGAUAAAAGAUAAGUUGCAGAAAGAGGGCACCUCCAAAUAUUUGAAGAAACAUAGUUACUAAGGAAGGGACUGCCUGUCCUAGAGGCAUUUAAGAACAGGCUGUGUCCACAUGGUGGUAAUGGCACAGUAAGGUUUCAAGCAUAGGUGAGCAGUUGAAGUAGACAGAAAACAAAACCUUUAGGAUACCUAGUUAUAAAAGUUAACAGCCUUUAAAAACAUCUUAGUGGUUAUUUAAAAUCAUACUUGAUUCUACUUACUUUCCUUUUAAGAAGAAAGAGUACAAACACACCAAUGUGAAUGUACUUAAUGCCCCAAGACUGUACACUUAAAAUGUUUAAAAUGGUAAACUUUGUUACAGACAUUUAAUGCCCAACUGGGAAAAGGAAAGUGUUUUAAGAAAAUGUUGUCUUUAACAGCUUAUCAGAAAGUUCACACUCAAGAGUGGGUAUUGCGCAAAAGGAUCCUAGCAAACUUUCUGGCCUAAUACUUCCUCUGCCUUGGAAAAGUGAGGGUGAGGGGGAUGGCCUGGGCUAACUCAUCACAGGCCGCAGCUCCCCUCCUCAGCGCAGCCUGACCUCUACAAGCCCUCCACCCUCUUGCUUAUUUCUGCCACUCUCCUCCCUGCUGAAGUCCUACUCAUUUUUCUUACAAAAUGUCCCCUUCUCUAAAUUGUCCUCCCUAACUCUUGUUCAUGCAGACUUAUUUCUCUUAGGUACACUUUUCACUAACCUCCAUAUUAGCCCUUAUGUCUGACCAUGCAGGUAAACUGUAAAAGAACAGAAGGAAAAAGAUAAAAGUCUAAGAGUACCUCUUUUACAUACGCCCCUUCCCCAGCAGUCCCCCAUGUCCUGUAGAAGAAGGGCCUCUCUUUUCUAUAAACUUGGAAUGUAGGCUGCCACCAGGGCUCCCAGCCAUCUUGGAUGAAAAGCCUAACAUGGCAAGUCAGUGGGAUUAGUUUCAAAGUUUUCAGGAAAAUCUAUUUUAGUAAAAACUUAUCUGCUGUAACGUCUAGAACCAGAAGACUCCAUCCAAUAAGUAAAAAAGAUGUUCGGAGUGGGGACUUUUACUAAUUGAACAUGUAAAUCUGCCCCCAGAGACUGACCCCUAAGCCUUACCUCAAAAUUACACAUACCCUCUCCUCCUGCCAGAAAUUCCUCUGGGAUGAAAUAUAAAUCUUUCAUCUGCUCUUUGUGCACUCUGCUAAAAGAAAAACUGGUAACAACAGACCUCACUCAGUUUGGUAUGGACAUUUCAUGGCUGAAGAGGAGGCGACAGCUUCUCCAUCGCCCUCUUUAAGCUCCCUGGAGCCACACUGACACUGAUUCAUUAGCACCGAGGAAGAACUGAACUCUCUUCAAAACGUCAGGAAGUCAGUGUCGCUUUAAAAAUUCUCUUGGCAUCAAAAUUAGAGAGCAGUCUAUCUGACAGUUCCUUUCUACUAAUAACUUUCCAUGCUAUCUACUCACUAUGACUGAGAACCAGAUUAGAGAUCCAGAGCUUCAUAACACGUCAUCAUCCUUCAGGGUUAUACAAAGGAGCAAAGAAGCAAUGACACUGUUGAUAAAAAAUUCUUAUCCUUGACUUUUAUAGCCUACAAAGAUCAGAAACUACUGCUACUUCCACGUAACAUCCAAUGGGAACAUACCAGAAAUAAGGAUAUUUUUUUCUCUUGAUUUCUUGAAGUACCUAAAAAUCAAGAGCUUGUCACCUAACAGGCCAUCAAAAUCAAAAGAACUUAAACAUCUGGUGGUGUUAAGAGCUGCUACAACCUUUUUGGAAACUGACACUAUCUAUUAAAAUUUUAAAUAUUCAAUAUAUUCUCUGACUCAGAAGUCCAAAAAUGAGUGCAAUAGCCAUCAAUAGGGAAAUCACUGAAUGAAUUAUAUUCAAUGAAAUAUUAGGCAGCUGUCAAAAAACAAAAUAAAACAAAACUAUUAGGCAGUUAUGUACUGACCUGGAGACAGGUCCCUGAUAAGCUGCUAUGUGAAAAAAAAAUCAAGUUGUAGAAUUGUGCAUAAUAUAUAUAUUUUUUAAAUCCUAUGUGUGUGUGUAAACAUACAUUUGUGUGUCUUUGUGGGCUUAGAAAAAAGGAUGAAAGAAUUCCCACUAAGCCAUUAAAACUGGUUACCUUAGAUGCCCCAGAAGGAGCUGGGGGAGGGAAAUCAUUAACUUUUUCCUUAUGUAUCAUUUGAAUACAAUCUAUCUGCAUUAUCUGUAUAAUGUUUAAAAUCUAAUAAAUUAAAACAACAACA